AUGGACACCCUAUUAACUGCGGAUAUUGUUGCUAACUCCCCGCGAUUCCGGCGAAAGUCGUCAACAUUUGUUGAUGCAAUUCAUGAUCUGCCCGAAAAGGCCGAUCUAGCACCGGCUCAGCUGUAUAGCACAGAGUCCGGUCGACUUUUCCACUCGGGCCGAAUUGUCAUCAUUACUGUGGGCUUACCAGCGAGGGGCAAGACACAUAUAUCGGUAGCUCUGGCGCGCUAUCUUCGAUGGUUGGGUGUUAAGACCAGGAUCUUUCACCUUGGAGACUACAGACGUGCCACUAUCCCAGUUGGUCAGGAUAUCCCUGAUGAUUACUUUUUUGUCAACGCAUCUGCUUCCUCAGUACUUUUGAGACAAAAAAUUGUAAAACGGUGUCGGGAAGACAUAUAUCAAUUUCUGAAUGAUGAAAAUGGCCAGAUAGCAAUAUAUGAUGCUGUGAACCCCUUGGCUUCGGGACGACGAUCGCUUGCGAAGGAGUUCGCUAAGCAUGAUAUUGAGGUAUGCAAAUUCUCAUCACUUGUGACCAUGCAUGAACAGUGCUUACGAGUUUCCGCGGAUAAGACCCUGUUUAUCGAGUCAUGGUGCGAUGAUAAGCGCCUCAUCGAAGAGAAUGUCCUUCGUGUAAAAAUAUCUUCACCUGACUAUGUAGGCUGGACCUCGGAGGAGGCAGUGAGGCACUAUUUGACCCGUAUUAAUGCGCGAAUCCCUCAAUUCCAAACGAUGGAGGAAAAAGACCUGAAUUAUAUCAAGAUGAUUAAUGCUGGUGAAAGGCUGAUUGUUAACAAUCGAAGUUUUGGUUAUCUUUCUCAUCGGAUCGUUUUUUAUCUUCUCAACCUUCACAUAAAAUCUAGACAUACUUAUUUUGCACGGGCCGGUGUUUCCCUGGAAGCGGACUCUUACAAAGCUGAUGCAUCCUUGUCAGAACAAGGAGAGGACUAUGCUAAGAAAAUGACUGAAUGUCUACUGAGGCAUAGAGAGUCCGAGAAGCAAGCAACAAUCGACCAAGGAGAGACAGACUAUGAGUUGAAACCUUUGACAGUUUGGACUUCCACCAGACGUAGGACAAUCGAAACUGCAAAGUAUCUUCACGAGACGGGAUACAAAGUCCGGCAGAGAUCACAACUGAGCCAGUUGAACCCAGGUGUUUGCGAAAAGAUGUCAGAAAAGAAGAUUCGUGAAGAAUACCCAGACGAGGUAGCAAAGCAUGAAUUGGAUCCUUAUCACCAUAGGUACCCUCGGGCAGAGUCGUAUCACGACCUUGCUGUACGCCUUGAGCCUAUAAUAUUAGAGCUUGAACGUGAGCAGAAUGACCUCCUCAUUAUUGCACAUGAAAGUGUCCUAAGGGUUCUAUACGGCUAUCUUAUGGCAUGUAAUGCGGCGGAUAUUCCAUUUCUAGAGUUCCCUCGCGACGAGAUAAUCGAGAUCAUCCCGGAGAGCUACCAAAAUGAGGCUCGCAGAAUCCAUAUUCCGGACCUCCCCAAGGAAAUCAUUCCUGGCUCACCCCAAGACAUCAAAAUACCUGUGCCCCCCAGUGGGGUCACAACCCCUUUGAUUGGAGGAUUAAGUAGUCCACAAGAUGGGUUUUCGACGCCACAAAGUGGGCUUCGGACCCCUCGUGAGCCCGAAAGAAUAUCGCAGCAGCAUGUUGAGGAUGUUGUUUAA